GUUUGAAUUUCACAAAAAUGUCAAGAACUUUUAGUAGUUUGUUUUGAUAUCUAUUAGUUAUCUAUCAGCACUUCACUUUCAUCAUUAGUCUAUGGUACAGGUGCGGAUAGAAAAGAAAAAUUUCAUGGUGUUGUGGGUGACACAUAUACGUAGAAAAAAUUUAGUUUAAGUUAAACACAUUGGCACCAACUGCAGGGAAAUGGAAUCAAUGGAAUAUGAGCUCGCUAGGAACCUUACUCUGUUGUUCUUUGUGGAACGCCUGCUCGACAAAGGCGAGCCGCGCACGUUGCACGAUCUUUCCUGCCAGUUUGGUGCCAAAGGAUUCACCAAGGAGAUGCGACAGAUUGCUGGCGGGUCGCAGUCGGGCUUAAAGAAGUUCCUGGCUCAAUACCCGGCGUUGUUCAGCAUAGACGGGGACUAUGUUGAUAUCAACACGUUCCAGAAGCAUCCUUGUGGGGCUGGCGCCUCGUCCAACAACGACUACAUCGAGGAAGCGAAGGAGUACUUCGCCGGCAAGAUGGUCCAGUACGGCGAGGGCACAGAGGUGCCAAUCAAAAGCCUCCUAGGGCACAGGAGCCAGGCCUCCCCGCAGGUGCGUCACAUCUCCGGUCAGAGGAUCAAGGAGUUCAAGGACUUCCUCCUGAAGCACCCGGACACCUUCCAGAUCAUCGAUGACAACGUCGUUCUAGUCAGUGAGAAUCAUAGGAGAGGUAACGCACACACAAAUUCUGAACAAUUCCACAAUCUACCUGUAGCUAAUAUUAACACAGACACUGCCCAACAGUUGUUAGACUAUGUUGCACAGUGUAUUGAGGCCAAAGGGCCUGUGAUGGUAGACCAGCUCUUCCAUUUAAUAGUAUCACGUUUUCCACAAGAGUAUUGGUAUCAGAUGUUCAAGUCUCCCGCUGAUUUGAGCGCGUUCUUAAAGAUAUUUUCAGAUUCAUUCCAUGUUCAAUCAAACUUGGUCACACUAAUUAGUAAACCAAAAAUACCUGUUAUGUAUCUUAACUCGAAAACAAAAGCAAAGACUGAUGUACCAAAGCCUGUGGUUGAGGAGAAACCCGUAUCCCCGAUUCCCCCUCCAGUAGAGAGUCCGACUCCAUCAGAUGGCAAAAAGAGCCCAGCAAACAACAGAAUACUCAGUCCUAUAGAAUCUCCCCGAGGACCGCAAGCUAACAUUGCCAACCAGACUCUUAAACAAAGAAUUAAUUCUAUUGUCAUAAAGAAUUUGGCAGAAAACAUGGUUCGUGACAGAGUAAAUAAUCAUUUGAAUGCUCGAAGUGCUGAGGAAACAAAUGGAACUCCAAGUUUAAGGAAUAAUUUAAUGGGUGAGGCGUGGCGUCAGAAGGUGCUCCAGUGCACAACUGUCAUAGCUAAUGUCAGGGAAUGUGCUACCCUGAUUGAAAGCAUUAUGGUACCCAAGCGUAAUGCUAAGAACAUUGUCUCAUUUGAUUGUGAAGGUAUAAACCUUGGCCUCAAAGGAGUAUUGACAUUAUGUCAAAUAGCCACCAUGAAUGGUGAAGUGUACAUACUAGAUAUAAUGGCAUGUCCAGGCAUGGUUGUGGAGGGUAAAAUUAAGGAACUAUUAGAGAGUGAAAAUGUAGUUAAAAUUAUACAUGACUGUAGGAAUGAUUCAGUCAAUUUACACAAUCAAUUUGAGAUUGUUUUGAAGAAUGUUUUUGACACUCAAGCAGCGCAUGCUGUGCUACAAUUGCAACAACAGGGUGUGCCUGUUUACAAAGUCAAGAAUCUAAGUCUCAAUGCUUUAUGUGAAUUGUACAAUGCUCCUAUGAAUCCCAUGAAGGAACAAUUGAAAAAUGUGUACCGCAGGGACCAACGCUACUGGGCAAGGAGACCAUUGACAAAAGAUAUGAUCAUUUACUCUGCCUCUGAUGUCCUGUCCUUAGUAAACCCAGCUAUUUAUGCAUACAUGUCCAGUAAUAUUAAACCAGAGAAUCAGCAGCUGUUUGAAGAACUGAGCAAUGAACAAGUAUUCAUGCACAUUCAACCAACUGAAGUUAAAUUGCGAAAAAGGCAAAGAAAAAUUAACACAGAAGUUGGUGAGUUGAAGCAAAAACUGGCAGAGACAACCAAAAAUAUUGUGCUCAGUAACAGAGAGAUCAGACUACUCAGAUACAUUGAGCUCACUGAAGAGGAAAAAGAAAAAUUGAAAGGUUGUCACAAGAUAUCCAAGAAAUUGGAGAAACUUGAAGCUAUUGGACAUGAUAAAGAUUCUGACUCUGAUGACGAUGAAAGAGAAAAUGAAAUGGCCAGCCUGGAAUCCAACCCAUCUGACCCAAUAUCAUCCCCACACUCCACACAACCACCAAGUCUCACAGAAUCUAUGCAAAUGAUGGAUGAAAUACUGUCAGACACAAACAUGGAUAAAGUUGAGAAAAUCAACCGUCUCGAAGCCAUUCUGUCGGCGGUCGCCCCCCUCAGUGGAGAGUUGGAGGAUAAAUUCUCACAAACAAUGGAACAGACACUGCCAUUGCUCAAAAAUAAGGAUUGGUCCAAUCUAAGCCAAAUUUUGAACUUAGGAGAGCCUGAUAGGAAAAGCUGUAGCUGCAGAUGCCAUAAUUCCAAUUCUGAUGAAGUCAAGUGCAAUGAUCUCAAUGAAACUAAGAAAACAGAGGUUGGUUCACAAACUCUCAGUACAGGGGACAUUGUGAUCACACGGAUUCACUUCAGGGAGGAAGACAAAGCAAACGAAAGGAUCCUCGAUGCAACUCCUUUGAGCAAAAGAGUGGGCAUCAACAAUAUGUCUUGAUCGACACUCAGAUUGUUAUUAUACUUCCAUUUUCUGGGUGCCACAGUUUAGUUUUCGGAACUCUUUAUGUAUGUGAUCAUUUUAUAUAUUUUUAAGUUUUAUGAUAUUUCGUCCGGCCCCACGCAUCUUAAACACUUAUUAAUUUGAACUAGUUUUGCGGGGGUAUGAUACCGGUGCGAUUGUGCGAGAUGGAAUAAAUUAAGCGUGUUGUGAGGUCGUGCAUUGCCAAGUGUAUAAACGCCUACGCUAUAUGUUCAUUUGAGCGAAGACGGACGCGUACACUCGAAUAAAUGCAACAGUAAUUCGCAUAAUACAACGGCUACUUAAUUCCUUCAUCUGGAAAUGACAGUAUUUGCUGUUUAUCAAGUUUGCAGUAGUUUCUUUUGUUGGCUAUUGCCUGUUAAGUAUCCCUAACUUAAAUGUGAUAGAUUUCAAGGCCUUUUUUCUCUCGAUCUACACUGAAUUUGUAAAUAAGAUAAAUUUGAUAAGCAUGCAUAAUCUUUAAUCUUGCGAAUCACGAUAUGAUCGAGCGUUUUUCCGUUAUCUUAAGUAAGUCAAGUGUAUAUACCUAUUUAUUUAUUUAUACGCUAAUGUUUAGUAGAGAUCGACACUACUAAAUGUAUAUCGAAGAGGGCAAUAAUAGGUGUAUACAAUAAAGUUUUUUUUUAUUAUAAUGUAAAAUAUUUAUAAAACGUUAGAUUUACUAGUAGAUUAUUAAUCACGUUUAAUAUUAUUAAAAAGUGGUAUGGUAUAGGGUUAGCGUUAUUGAGAGAUGUAUUUAUAGUAGUUGAGGUGCUUGGAGAAAUCAAUUAAGAGUUUAUUUCACGUAGAAUGUUAUAGAGACAUGCGGUAGAUCGCGUUUGUUACGUAGACAUGCAAAUUAACUUUAUAACGUACGUGUGAUGGAGAACCGCGAAGGUUAAAUCCUAACUUUUGUUUUGAAAAAUGUGCCUUCGAGUCAUAUCGACGAAUGCCUUUGUAUUCAAUUAAUAUUUAUGAAUUAGUAGGUUUUAUACAUAAUAUUUAGUAGUUAUUCAGUAACACAAAGUUUAGUACGAGAUUUGUUGUUUGUGAAUAACACUUUGGUAUACAAGAUUUAUAUAAUGAACUAAACUUACCACGGAAACACUAACUAGUUAGAUAGCUCUCAGAAUUUAUUAACGUUUUCGUCUUCAGACUUCCUAUGUGAUUUACGAGAUAUCGUAAUAGAUAACGAAAAUAUUUCUAAACAUGUUGAAUUCAUUCGAAUAGUUUAUUUUUGUGUUAUCGUUAAGUAGAAAUGUGUUAAAAAUUAAGUGAUAUUUUAAAUGCUUUUUGCUUAAAUUACUAUAGCAAAACUGUUGCUUUGUUCAGUACUUUUUUCUGCACUGAACAAAAACUAAAUGGCGCUGUGGGCGUGCCGCGAAAACAGAUUUCCUGCACUAGUUGCAAAACUUUGACUGUAUGCAAUAAUCAUAUGUGAUAAAGAUAAAUAUGUUUAGGUAAAUUUUGUUAUAUGUAGAAGCAUAAUAAAAGUAACAUAUCCUAUUAAAAGUCAAUUGUUUUGUGCUAAUGAACAGCGAUAAUGAAUUUAUCAGAUAUUACCUGAUUUUGUAAUGCUGUUUUGCAUAGCAUUAAGUUUCAUGAAACUGCGUUCGCGGCAUGUUUACAGUUUAGCAUAUUAUCGUUGUUUACAUGAGGCUUAGCAAUUGGGUCAUGAUACCCGCUGGUAUGCGUAAAAUAAACUAUACACUAUGCCUAUGUUUUAGGCAUUUUUAGAUAUAAACACACCAAGCACUUGGGGCGCACUUUCGCUCUAUUUGCUGACCGAUGACUCGCUGUUAAGCCUCAUAGCUUACUGUAUUACUUUAUGUAUUUUUUAGACACUGUCAUGUAUUAUUCAUCAGUAUUGUAUCCUUUAUUUUUUUGAAAAUAGUAAACCUUACGUGUUCGAGUUGUCAGUAAAUGCAAACGACGUCCACUGUUUGCAUUUCCAUCACAUAUACUCAAGUUUACCUCUUUAUUUAUAUCAGUAAUUAUAUUAUUAGGCACUUUUUGAUAUAAGCAUAAUGAAUUGUAUUCAAGUUUUUCGGCCAUAUUUGUUGUUCGGCUAUAAAUUUAUACAUUUUUGUGCCUUAUAUUUGCACAAGUUACGAAAAUAUUCUGCGUUCUGCUACACAUUUUGUAUGGUUUUGUAGAAUGUUUAACAGUGCCACUAAUAUUUUUUGUACUAUUUUUAAGGAGCAUUUUUGUUAGUCAAUAUAAGUGUAACCACUUUCAGUUAUUUUUAACUUAAAAAAUCUUUAGAAACUUUUAUUUUACCCUACUUACCAAGAGUAUAAUUGCUUACGACGUGAAAGUCGGUAAUAUUGUAAUGUGGCAAAUUGACGGUUAACUAAUUUGCGCAUUGUUUAUGUUUAUUUUGAAAUAAAAGUUGUAAAAUA